GCCCGGCCCUCUCUCCUCCGUCAGAGAGGCUAAAAGGUCCCCCGGACGCUCCGUCGGUCCCCGUCUCCACUUUUCAGAUCACAUUUACGUCCACCUCCGCUUGACAACUCGUCCCACCUGAGACCUCCGCCCGCACUCCCACGUUCCCUCACACCUAUGUCUUUGGGACAGGUGGACAGAGGCGGCAAGCGAGCGCAGCUGAGUUGACUCAACCAGCCCAGUUCAGGGCUCGGCAAAGGUCCGGUCCAUUUUUUAUUUUUUUUUUGUUAUUUAUCUGGUCUUCAAGGUAAAAACUGACCUUUUUCUAGACCCUGAUUUUCUUUCUUUGAAGAAUCUCCUUCCUCUGGUGGAGAGCCUCCAGUGAACAGUCACCAUGUGGGAGUUCCGGUCCAUGAAUUUUUGGCGGGCGGUCUUCGCCGAGUUCUUCGGGACCAUGUUCUUCAUGUUUUUCGGCAUGGGCGCCGCCCUGCGCUGGACCACCGGGCCUCAUCACGUCCUCCACGUGGCCCUGUGCUUCGGCCUGGCCGCCGCCACUCUCAUCCAGUCCAUCGGCCACAUCAGCGGCGGCCACAUCAACCCCGCCGUCACCUUCGCUUACCUGGUCGGCUCGCAGAUGUCUCUUUUCCGCGCCGUCUUCUACAUAGUCGCCCAGUGCCUGGGCGCCGUGGCCGGGGCCGCUGUGCUGUACGGGGUCACGCCCGGCAACAUGAGGGGCAACAUGGCGAUGAACACGCUGCAGCCGGGCAUCAGUCUGGGAAUGGGCACCACCGUCGAGGUUUUCCUCACCAUGCAGCUGGUGGUGUGCAUCUUCGCCGUGACCGACGAGAGGAGAAACGGACGCAUGGGAUCCGCCGCCCUGUCCAUCGGCUUCUCCGUCACCAUCGGACACCUCAUGGGGAUGUACUACACCGGCGCUGGGAUGAACCCCGCCAGGUCCUUCGCCCCGGCUUUGCUCUUCAGGAACUUCCUCAACCACUGGGUGUACUGGGUCGGGCCCAUGAUAGGCGGCGCGAUGGGGGCCCUGCUGUACGAUUUCAUGCUCUUCCCGCGCAUGAGGGGUCUGUCCGAGCGCCUGGCCGCGCUGAAGGGAAGCCGCCCCCCGGAGAACGAGGCCCAGCAGGACGGCCGCGGGGAGCCCAUCGAGCUCAAGACGCAAGCCCUAUAAGCCCGCCCCCUUUCUCCGAGGGAUGAGGGACAAGGCCCUGUGCUACGCCAACACCGCCCGCCCCCCCCCUUCUACCCCACCCCGCCCACGCCUUCACACGACAUCGCAAAACAUACUAACCCACAAACGCUCACGUCGAGACUAAAACAUGAUGAGGUCGCCGCUGCCGACACGCAAACGAACAGGUUCAAAACUUCGACCUCAACACACACAUG